AUGCGACUUCCUCUAAAUCUUAUUUGCCUGACUUUGUCAAUACUUCCACGAACCCUUGCAGUUUUCGCAGACGAAGCAUACAAUGUUGACUACCACCACGAGUUACUAGGCCUCCCACAACCAGACACAACCUUCUUCUACAAGCCUAGGGAAAAUGAGCAGGGCGCAUUAUUGUAUACAUUGAGUGAUCUUGGGGUUCUUGGAGCUGUAAAUCCAGGCACAGGGCAGAUCAGAUGGCGACAAAUAUUGGCGAAGAGUGAUAAUAGUGGGAAAGGCUUUUUGCGAUCAGUUGAGGGAGCUGGUACAAUUGUUAGUGCUUUGGGCAGCAGGGUUGAUGCUUGGGAUGCGAAGAGUGGAAGAGAGAGAUGGGGAAACAACUUUGAAGGACAAGCUAAAGAUUUGGAAGUCAUUGAAGGGCAUGACAAUAUCAAGGACGUUUUGACUUUAUUCGAAGAUGCUGGAAAAGCCGUGGUACGAAGACUAAAUGGUGAUAACGGAGAUGUUGUUUGGGAAUAUGUUGAUGCAAGUGGUGAUCUGCCUUUGCAAGUCAGCACAGAUGUCAGGAACAUUUUUGUUGUUACUCUUCAUGGUUCUUGGGGAGGCUAUAGUGUGAAAGUUGCUACUCUGGAUCCAUUGACAGGCAAACGAGUCACUGAAUACACUCUCUCGACUACAGGAGAUGUCCACACUCCUGAGGAUGUCUUACUUGUGGGAGCCAACUCUGCUGCACCGAUCAUUGCUUGGACUGAUAGGUCACUGAAGAACCUUAAAGUCAAUAUUUUGGGCAAACCAAGCAACUUGCAGACAUUACCUUUAAAGUCAUCAGAUGGCGAGCUUACAAAAGUAUCUAUUCACGCACCUAACUUGGCGCAAUCUUUACCACAUUUUUUGGUACACAGUCACUCGGCAACCUCGAAUCGAGCAGAUGUUUAUCACAUUGACCUAAAAAGUGGUAGCAUUAGCAAAGCAUAUGAAAUACCCAAGCUUGCAGGAAGAGGCGCCUUCUCAGUCAAUUCACAAGAUGCCAACGUCUACUUCACCCGUUUCACCGAAGAUGAAACUGUCAUUUUCUCUUCAAUGUCUCAUGGGAUGUUGGGCAGAUGGCCAAUCGAAGCAAAGAAACAACAAGGUCGACUUCAAUUUCUCCAUGGCGCCUCAGAGGUGGUCCAAAAAGCUCCCGAUACUUAUGCUGUUAGAUCAGCUAUGGUAAGCAUGGAGCAGGAUUUGGUUUUGGUGCGCAAUGGUGCUGUAGCUUGGUCCCGUGUUGAGGGACUUUCUGGCAUUGUGGCUGCUGAAUGGGCUGAAAUCCCAGCAUCAGAAUCAUUGGCUGAGACACUUGAGGCGGAAGCUCACAGCAACCCUCUGGCAGCAUAUAUCCAUCGGGUCAAUCGUCAUGUUACAGAUUUACAAUACCUUCCUGCAUACCUGCAAGAACUGCCAACCCGAAUCCUAAGUGCCAUCUUACCUGAGGAUUUGGCUGCUGCAACAAAGGAGGACAUCUUAGCACGGGAUAACUUUGGGUUCAACAAGUUAGUUAUCGUUGCCACGCAAAGAGGUCGCUUAUAUGCACUUGAUGCCGGAUCUCAAGGGAGUGUUGUAUGGGGCUCAAAGGCUUUCGAUAUACCAGCUGGCAUGAAAUGGGACGUGAAGUCUAUAUAUGUCGAUAACUCCAAAGGUACAACAACAGUCCGAGGCAGUCAAGGAGAGUAUAUUAUCGUGAACACUACAACUGGAACAGGACUUGAAGCUAUAGCCCCUGGCAUGUGGCCACCUGUUCAGAGCGCGGCUGUCGUUGACAGCGACUCUGGCAGAUGGGUGUUACCUAUUGGUACCAAUGGGAAUCCUGGUGAUAUACCAAAAGACUGGGCACCAAAAGAUUCACUUGUAGUUCGGGGUGAGAAUGGCGAAGUCAAGGGCUUAAAGUUUGAGAUCCAAGGUCUUGAUGCUAAGCCUGUCUUUACUUGGUCAUUCCAACCACCGUCUGGUCAAAGGGUUGUUGAAGUAGUGUCCAAACCCGCACACGAUCCAGUUGCGUCGAUUGGUCGGGUCCUCGGUGAUCGUACUGUUCUAUACAAGUAUCUAAAUCCUAACCUGGUUUUGGUUACUGCCGUCUCCGACGAAUCCUCAACUGCCUCCUUUUAUCUUCUUGAUACAGUCUCAGGCGACAUUCUCUAUUCUGCGAGUCAUGAGGGUGUUGACACUAAGAAACCUAUUGCUUCAAUCUUUACCGAAAAUUGGUUCGCUUAUUCUUUAUGGAGCGAUGAAUUACCAACCACCACUUCUCUGCAUGGUUCCAAAGGAUAUCAACUCAUUGUCACCGACCUUUACGAGUCCCCUAUUCCAAAUGAUCGUGGGACGCUUGGUUCAAACACGAAUGCUUCAAGUCUUGACCCAGCAGAUGUACCUAAUGCUGGCCCAAUUCUUCCCCAUGUGAUCAGCCAAUCAUUCGUGGUUCCUGAAGCAAUAACUCACAUGUCUGUUUCUCAAACCCGCCAAGGUAUUACUACUCGUCAGCUUCUUUGCACUCUAGCAUCCAACUCAAUCAUUGGAAUUCCUCGUUAUCUUCUUGAUCCCCGUCGACCAGUCGGUCGAGACCCUAUCCCUGCCGAACAAGAAGAAGGACUCCUUCGUUACCAGCCUUCCAUCGAAUUCGACCCAAAACUUAUCAUCACCCACCAACGUGAAGUUUUCGGUAUUGAAGGUGUCAUUACCAGCCCUGCUCUACUAGAAAGUACCAGUCUGGUCUUCGCAUAUGGAAUUGAUGUUUUCGGAACAAGAGUCACACCUAGUGCUGCGUUCGAUAUUCUCGGCAAGGCGUUUAAUAAGUUGAGCUUGGUAGCUACGGUGUUGGCUUUGGGGGCCGGUGUUACUAUUCUGGCGCCUAUGGUGAGAAGGAAGCAAAUCAAUGGCCGUUGGUUAAAUGCAUGA